AUAGGAUAAUGUGUAAAGCGCAACUCGGCUUAUAAUAGCUAUUUGUAUCUAAAUACACAUGUGUAAUGUAUGCGCUACGCGAGCAGCCAAUGUCAACCGCAACAUUAAAAUAACUCCUGGCACUUAUACUCCAACGACCAUUCAUACUUCGUCAUCGUAAAACUUUUCGUUAUUUUCUUUAGUGCCGCUUCUUAUAGUUAAUAGGAUUAAUGCUUUUUCGAAAUCACUAAUGUUUUAUUUCAUUUUUUCCAACCACUUUUUCAACCCUUCGAAACCAUGUAACUUACUAACAGGCAAGAAUGUCAAAAGCGUUGUGUGGCCCCCACCGAACCCGCCAGAAGAUGAACCACCUAAUGUAUUGAGCGAUUAUCCGAAAACACUUUGCCAGAAGCCCAGAGCUGAACCGACUACUGUCAAAGAGGCGCCAAUGGAAAGGAAAAUGAGCAAAGUAGCGUUGCCAGUCAGUACUAUGCAGGAUACAAGCAUGCAAUCAAUUUCAACUUCUCAGCAAACUGCAGAAUUUACAUCGAGCUCCUCAUAUGCGGCGGCACAAAUGUCAACUGCCACUGCAGCUACUACCCGUUCAGAGACCGUUUCAGUUGUGGAAAGCAAGCAGUCACAACAAGUAAUAAGCGAGACUAGCUGCACCGUACAGUCUUUCACAGAACAAGCUGUCUCACAAAGUCAGAUGUCAACUAUGUAUCAAUCUCAGACUAGCCCUCCCGUAGAAAAAAUCUUCGACAACCCCAUGAACAAACUCGAGUCAAAGUCUAUGUCGAGAAAAGAAUCUGCGACAGAAAUAAAAUCAGAAAUGGUGACUGAACAACGUUAUGAACAGUGCAAAAGGGAAUCUCUAACUGAAAGUCAAAUAAAAACUGUCGCCGUCCCGAAAACAGAACAUGUAACUGAAACGAGAAGCCAACAAAGCAAACGAGAAUCUGUCUGUGAAAGCCAGACCAGAACUGUUGAUGCUCCAACAAACGAACAAAGGAGCCAAGAAUGCAAAAGGAAAUCUAUGACUGACAGUCAAAUACAAAUUGUAGAUGUUCCUAAAACAGACAUUGUAACAGAACAAAAUGCUCAAGAAAGUAGAAGGGAAUCUGUAAUCGAAAAUGAAAUAACAACUGUCGAUGUUGCAACCACAGAAAUCAUCACUGCUCAAAUGUCCCAGGAAAGCAAAAGAGAAUCUUUAACCGAACAUAAACUAAAUACUGUACAAAUUACUAACAAUAUUCAAGAGUCUCAAGUUGACAAAGAACAGUCAGAAGCUAUGGAACAGCCGACAGCUCCAAUUCAGGAAAAUACAAUAAAAGCCGAUAGAAAACAGUCAAUUGAAAAUAUUCCAAUUACCAAUACAAACCCCGAAAAUCCAGCCAAUAAGAAUGUCUUACAGUCAAAUCCUACAUCACCAAUAAAGCCUUUACCGCUGACAUCUAUUCCUAAUCCCGUCCCUAAAGGAUUUGUAUGUUCUAUGAUUGAUGCUUUAACGACAGCGCCAGAUAGGCCAUACUCUCCUUUACCCGAACCUGCGGCACCCAGUAAUUUACUCAUUCAAAGUAAUUUGCUACCUGAAAAUCCAAAUCCUCCAGUUUCUAAUGAAACCCAAAACGAAAUACAGCAGGAGGUACAAGAUCCCUUAAAAGUAGAACUUCCACCACAGCCGUCACCUAUGUUUGCUCAACAACCCAAGCGCGGCAUAACACCUAUCCCACCAAUUAAGACUUAUAAUCCGCCCGAAACCCGACAAAAAGAUGAACCUAUACCAUUGCCCCCACAGACAGAACCCUACAUUCCACCUGACUUCAAGAUAAUCAUAGAGCCUAAAGUACCGCCCCGAGACGAAACCGCUUCUCCGUUUGUUGAAGCUUUAACCACCGCUCCUGACCGGCCUUUUACGCCAGGAGGUAGUAUUGUGCCAAAUAUCGAGCGAAGUUCACUUAAGGAGGCUUUGACUAUUGCCCCAGAACGUUCUUAUAGUCCUUUACCUUUAGGAAGUAUCACUAAUAAAUCUACCCAAAGUAGUCAAUCCACCCAUUACACCUCAACAUCGACAGUCCAAGUUCAGUCAACUUCUUCGGAUAUCGUACGUCCUAUUGCAACGCAAUUUAUAACACAGAUGACUCAUUCAGAAACUUCAAAUAUGCAAAACACGUGUAAGUUACAAUCGUCAUCUGAAAUGUCUGCUUUUAGGCCCGUUCCCAAACAAGUUUUCCCACCACCACAACCAGAAGAGUUUUGCCAGCUUGCAAAUUUCCCACCUAUGAGUCAAGAUAUCAAAGCUAAUUUCGAGAAAUCCGUACGAAAACAAGAAGCUAUGAUAACGGAGUCUCAAAUGAUGCAACAGUCAACAAAUACAUUCAGCAACAUGACUACUCAAGGAUUUUCAUCUGUUAAAUCUGCUCAAAACUUCUUCGAACAAUUAGAUAAAAGGGAAUCCUUGUCAUCAGUAUCAGUUAGGUCAAAAUCUGGUCUACAUAAACCUGACAAUAUUCCUCCAUAUCAAAAGCACUUUGAGCAACUACCAUCUCAAAGAGGCAUUACCCCGGAAGUUAGCUUCGCUCCUGCUGUACUUCAAAGGCCUGUUACUCCUACCACUGAUCCGCCUAUCAAACCAAAGGAUAAACCGGUAGAACCAAAAUUACCUCCGGCUCCCAUGCCCCAACCAAGAUUUACACCAGAGAUAAGAACUCCAGCCCAACCACCUCCAGUGCACUUCCAUAAAGAUGCACCUAUUUCAAUGACAUUUCAACCAGUUACUGACGAGCCUUUUCUGAGGGCGUCCCCUGCUCGUAGCCGACCUUCAACUCCUAGUAUGAUAAACAAACCUGCCCCCAUAAUCCCGUAUUAUCAAAUGAAUUUAGUAUCAGUGGAGCAUUCGGCAUUGGAAACUCAUCUUUACGAACCAUCGAGCCCGGAGACUAGUCGUUCUCCCACUCCAAGGAUGAGAUCUAAAUCACCAGCUCCAGGACCACCACCAAAUCCGUUAAAGGCUCACGCACCCCGUAUUAAAGAAACCACUCCACAGAGAAGUGCUGCUCACUCCCUUCUAACUCAAGCUACAUCGAAUCUCCGCAAAGAGCACGAGAUGUCACAGAAAGGAUUCCAAAGCGGUGUCGAAGUUUUUAACGCUUCUGGUGCUAAAAAUUGGAGCCAAGAUCAGCCAUCGGUUAUUAAAGAACAAAGACAUUCGAACGUCGGGUUCAAAAGCGAAACUUAUAAUAAAGGCAAUGUGAGCAUCAAGGAAGAUUCUGCAAUGAACCAAAACUAUGGUCAAAGACAAACGCAAUCACAAAAUGUAUCCGAGUAUGGUAAUAUGACUGUGCAAACGAGUAGGAAAACAUUUGAAGAGUAUGAAAGAACACAGUCCGCUAAAGUUAUAGAAAUACAUAAAGGUGGUUCGUCAUCAUUUGGUGCGCAACAGCAAAUUGAAUCUAACGUUCAAACAUCCAGUAAUCGUAAACAAGUGUUUCCACCUCCGGUCAUGAGUUUGUCUUCUUCCCAGACUUCAUCUGUUAACCACACUAAUCAAAAUGUUGUUGCUAGUAGAAACACUGAAAGCUGUUAUCCAAAUCCUUCGAUCUCUGGUGCUAACCAAGGUCCAGUGUGUGAUCCUACCCCAUCGACAGGUUCCAGCGUAGGAGCUGCCGCUCGUGGCAAAACCUUUGGGGUUUCUUCAGCCCCAAAACGCGGCAGAGGCAUUUUGAACAAGGCUGCUCUGCCAGGGUCUCGUAUACCCCUUUGCGGUUCCUGCAAUGGCAAUAUUAGGGGUCCGUUCAUAACCGCGCUGGGCCGCAUCUGGUGCCCCGAGCACUUCAUCUGCGUUAACGCGACGUGCAGGCGCCCGCUACAGGACAUCGGCUUCGUGGAGGAGAACGGCCAGCUCUACUGCGAGUUCUGCUUCGAACAGUACAUCGCACCCGCUUGCGACAAGUGCCACGCCAAAAUCAAGGGCGAUUGCUUGAACGCAAUCGGCAAGCACUUCCACCCGGAGUGCUUCAACUGCGUGUAUUGCGGCAAGUUGUUCGGCAACAACCCCUUCUUCCUCGAGGAUGGCCUGCCCUACUGCGAAUCAGACUGGAACGAGUUGUUCACGACGAAAUGUUUCGCGUGCGGGUUCCCAGUGGAGGCGGGCGACAGGUGGGUCGAGGCGCUCAACAAUAACUACCACAGUCACUGCUUCAACUGCACGGUCUGCAAAAAGAACCUCGAAGGACAGAGCUUCUUCGCUAAGGGCGGACGACCCUUCUGCAAGACACACGCCCGCUAGAUGCCGCUGCGUCAUGUACAACUCUGAUACUGUUUAUUCGACCACUACCUUCCGCCCCGUUUCCCCUGCUCCCGCAACGCCUUCUCCCCGUAUGGAAUCUCCGCAGAGGACGAGAAAGUUGGAAACGCCCCUCCACUUCGAU